AAACAGGGGUAAAAGGAGAGCUAGAAGAGUAUUUUAGCGAUGGAAAGUUAUUUAGCAAUGUGGUUUGGAGAAUGUGUUGGGUAAUUGUAGGGUUUAGAGCCUGCCGAUAUCACUGCAGACUGUGUAGGCCCCUCAGGGUCAUGGUGGGGCAUUGCCUUUGUAACAGAGGUGGUUCAAUGAGCCAUGUUUGCAUGUUGAGUAACUUUGUCGGAAACCUAAAGACUUGCACUAGCUUCCCAAGCUUUAGCUCAGUGAGCCAACACAAUUUUGUGGUGCGCAGACGACCAGGGCUGCAACCGAGUCGGUCCCAUCGGUGCCAGUCAUUCAGUUGAUGCCUAUUAGCUGCUGGGGUCAUUGUGGCGAGGGAGAGGAGGUCCUGAAGACUUGCGAAAGCUCCCCAAGCUAAUGCCUAGGUUUCAGACCACCGGGCUAACACAGACAACACAGCUAACACAGACAACCCAGAUUAAUUGAAUUUACACUAAUUCAGUACAAUACGGUGGAUCACCUAAUCAACAAUCACAAAACAAACAAUUUCUGUGCACUGCCAUUGUGGCUUGUAGCAUUUAUUUGUUCUGAAAUAGGUUGUGCUUCAGACUAUUGAGGGUAGGGUAAGUCACUUAAGCUUAUUUGUGUCAAACCUGUCACAGUUAUGUAGGACAUUUCCAUUUCGAUGGCAGGCGCAAACUUUUUUCCUACUGUAACUUCCAGGUAUAAAUACAGACUGGAUUCUGCAAGCACACAUUUCACGCAUCUGUUCCCUCUCUCACACAUUGCUACAUUUUCAGCAUCUCAUCCUCUUAAGAACAGGAAGACAGAAAGCGAGCAGGAGAUACGGAAGGUGUAAGCAGGCCCAGGGAUGCCACAGACUGAGAGUGAGAGAUUGAAGAGUGGGCGACUGAACAGUGGGCGACAUCAGCAGCAGCGAGAGCGGCGGGGUGAACAGGGAGAGGAGCCAGACGCACGUACCCAGCCCAAAGAUUCUGCCUCACCUCAGCUCUAUGCUCGUACCUCUGUUACGCAGAUGGGCUUCCCAUUGAUGAUUAGACAUGGAGGUCCACUUAUGGACUCAUCUCAGCUCCAAAGCAUAUUGUUACAGCAGUGUUCCAGUGAGGAGGAGGGGAGACCGUUCCUGCAACGGGUGUCUCUGUGCCCCCAGUUGAGCCAGCACAGACCCUCUGUUCUACGCCAGGGUGUCCAGGCUGCCCACGUACGACCGCAGGCACCAUGCACUCUAACAGAGGCCGGUUCAGCUCAGCCCAUCUCACUGUGCAAGGUGGAGGUGGACACAGGGAGCCGUGGACAGACCUCUCCCCCACACUCUGAGCACUCUCCUGGGCCAACUCGUCACCCCUCUCCCCUGAGGACAGCCAGUCCUAAGCAGAGCUCCAUUAUCACCAGGCAACAUGAGGCAGGUCACCCAACCUUAGAGGGGUCCAGUGCUCUGUUUCUCAACGGACUCUGCUGCUGGCCUGGCUGCGAUGCAGUAUUUGAAGAAUUUCCCAGUUUUUUGAAACACCUCCACUCUGACCAUGGCCAUGGAGACAGAAGCAUUGCACAGUGGAGGGUACAACAAGACAUGGUGCAAUACAUGGAGACCCAGCUGACUGUGGAAAAACAGAAACUCUUCGCAAUGCAACUACAUCUGCACCUAUCGGGACACAAAUCAACUGCCUUGGCAGCUUCAGACUGGCCCUACAGGCACAGCCUGUCACUAGGCCUGCCCCAGAACCCAGCCCCGGCCCGGAUGCCAGAUGGAGUGUCACGCUGCACCACUAAAGAGCCAGAGGAGCUGGUUCAACACAAGUAUUGGCCCUCUGCUGCUCCCCACCACCUACGGCCAGAUCUUAUCCCGAGCAUUGAGUGUUACAAAUACAACAACAUUAGACCACUGUACACCUACGCCUGCAUGAUAAGAUGGUCUAUACUGGAGUCUCCAGACAAGCAGCGCUCUCUGAAUGACAUCUACAACUGGUUCACCACCAUGUUCUUCUACUUCCGACACAACACGGCCACAUGGAAGAACGCUGUCCGUCAUAAUCUUAGCCUCCACAAGUGUUUUGUGCGAGUGGAGGGAGGCAAGGGGGCCGUCUGGACAGUGGAUGAAAUGGAAUAUCAAAGGAGAAAGGGACAAAAAUACCACAGGGAUCAUCAUGUGAAAUGGCUGGCACCCUACUCCUUAUUUCGUCCAGAGGAACCUUGAACAUAGCCACCCCUUCAGUGAAUGAAAAACUACUGGAAAAGGAAGUCACUAGGACCUAUAACUGAAUCAGGUAUUUUUUAACAGGGCUGGAGAAAAAGCCCUCCAGGAGGGUUGACCAGUCCUGGUCUACAGUAUCUACAGAACCUAUCAUCACCUUCUUUGUUCAGCAGCAGAUGGUGCUACAACAUAGCACAGCCCAGGACUCUUUUGCCUCUAGACUCUCUUAUCAUGAAGAUGUGUGUACAGCUGGAAUGGCUUUACGUUUUGCAGCAUUUGAAAGAACAAUAUAUACUUAGCAAUCAUUUGUCAAUCAAAACUUAGUGAAAAGGUAAACAAUUGUUUUGUUGUGUUGGCUACAUACAGUAUACUCUAUCCCACUGGGCUAAUCAUUGUAAACUGUUGUUUUGAGGGUGGAAUUUCAACCAUAGGAUUAUGUCAACAUUUUAAUACAUUUUCAACAUAGACAAACCUCGUAUGAAAUAUAAUGAAUUUGUACCGUUGAAAUAAUGUCAGAUCAUCAAUCAAUAAGUCAGCCAACAAACUUCUGGCUGAUUUAUUGAGUAGGUGAAUAAAGGUUGAAAUCUCAUUGAUCAACGUUUCUACCAAAUAUUACCAAAUGUCCACGUUGAAAUGAAAUGGUGUGCCCAGUGGGGUGUUACAGCAAGCAAGUACAAUUUUACAUUGUGUACAACAAAAAAAACUUUGCAAUUAAAUGUAUCUUUGAUUA